AAUUGAUAAGAGAAAAAUAAAAGAAAAUUUUGGCCUUCAAGGCUGUACUGGACUUUUACUUGUAGUUCAGUAGUUUUGAACGGUUUGGCAAAACUGGGAAAUUUGCUUGUUGGAAUUAGUAGGAUUCAAAAACUCCAAAUAUGGAUGAACACGAGAUAUUAUGUGAUUCUUUAAUGACCUGGCUUUCAAAUUUCGAUGUUCCUGCUCCACAUCAAUAUCCUCAUGAGGUUACAGACGGAGUUGCAAUCGCUCAAAUAUUGGGCCAAAUAGACGGUGAAUUUUUCGAUACAGCUUGGUUGUCAAGGAUAAAAGAAGAUGUCGGGGAUAACUUUAGACUCAAGACAAACAACCUCAAGAAAGUUCUCAAUCAUAUGAUCGACUAUUUCAGAGAAGUCACUGGAAAUGAGCUUGUUGGAUUUCAACUUCCCGAUUUGAUGGCAAUAAGUGAACAAACUGAUAAACAACAAUUAGGAAGGCUUCUGCAACUCAUACUAGGAGUCGUGGUGAAUUGUAGCAAAAAGCAACACUACAUUGAGGAAAUUAUGCAACUAGAUGAAGAUGUGCAACACGUUGUCAUGACAGCAAUUCAGGAACUCAUGCAACACUAUGUUCCCUGCGGAUCUGAAAACAAUGACACAGCAAAUUCAGACAUGAGUCAGGAAUUACAAUCACUACGGCAACGAAUGACAGAACUGAUUGCGGAAAAAGAAGAAAUGGCGCAAAGGUGUCAUGAGCUUGAUAAUCAGCUGACUACGAUUUCUAUCGAACACACAACUCUGCAAUCAGACCAUGCAAUGCUUUUCGAUCAGGUUGCCCUGUUACAUGAAGAGAAAUCCAACAUACAAUUAGAGAACGAACAACUACAAGAAAGACUUUCUGCAGAACAUUUUGAUGACCCUACAUCGCCAGCUAGUGUCAGACAUACACAAAUGUUGCAGCAGAUAGAGAUACUGCAAGAAGAGACGUACAGGUUGGAAUCGGCGAGAGACGACUUUAAACUCCGUUGUGAGGUACUGGAGCGUGAACUGACAGAAUCACAGACCCGUGUCGAUGACCUUUCAACUCUAGCGGACGAAUCACGAAUGUUAAAAGACGAGAUUGAUUAUCUCCGUUCCGCAUCGAUUAAAGCCACAAAGUUGGAAGCUACCGUGGAAACGUACAAAACGAAAUUGAAAGAACUGGGUGAUUUGAGAGGACAGGUUAAACUCUUAGAAGAUAAGAACACUUCGUUUAUGGAACAAACCGUUCAACUUGAGGAAGAAUUGAGAAAAGCAAACGCAGCCCGAGUGCAAUUGGAUACAUAUAAGAGACAGGUAUUAGAUCUUCACAAUAAAUUAUCAGAAGAGACAAGGAGAGCAGAUAAAGCAGAAUUCGAAGUGAAAACAAGAUCGGAGAAAAUCAAGAAUCUUGAAGCAGAGAAAGAGAGAUUAUCUAUUGAGCGGGACUCCUUGCAAGAAACCAAUGAUGAAUUGCAAAUGACCUCUCAUCAACAAGGGUCAAAGAGCGUGACCCAGGAAACAUUAUUAGGAAGUGGUGAUUCUGGUUCUGAUGGAUUCAGCAUGAAUCCUUUAGAAAUGAAAGAGAAGUUGAUCAGACUCCAACACGAGAACAAGAUGUUGCAAGCUCGUCAAGUUGAAUUGGGAGACGAACGAACAGCGGAACUUACGUCAAAACUAGAGGUCGCUAAUGCACGAAUUAAUGAACUUGAAACAGAAACAAGGCUAAGCAACCAAAGAUCCCUGGAACUCCAGAAUCAAGUGAAAGAUCUUCAGUCUGAUCUGCAGGAUAAAGGAUCACAGUUGGAAGAUCCUCAUAAUGCUGCUUUGAGAAAGAAGUUAGAAGAACAUUUAGUCAAACUUCGAGAUCGCGACUCAGAACUUCAGAACAAGAAAGCUUACAUUGAAGAGAUCGAACCUCAAGUAUCGGCUGGUGAUCGACAAGUCAAUGAAUUGAAAGAAUUGCUGAAAAAGAAAGAAGAUGAUAUGAGGAAUAUGGAGGAAAGGUACAAAAAAUAUCUUGAGAAAGCAAAGACAGUUAUCCGAACGUUGGAUCCGAACAAAAACCAACAGCAAUCUGGAACUCAAAUGGAGAAACUGAAAGCUCAGUUGAAUGAAAAGGAUAAAUUGCUCAAACAGGCUGAACAAGAAAGAGAGAAAACCAAACAGACUAGAGAUUCAAGAAGAAAGGAAUGA